AUGGCGCCAAAGGCAGUGAAGGGAAAGCCAAAGGCCAAGUCUCAUCAAGACUCAGGAAGACUGUUGAAGCGGAAGCGUGGCGAGGAGCAGAUCUCAGACCUCGUGAAACGGGUUGAAGAACUCGAUAUCAAAACCUCGCUCAAAAGCUUCUCCGAUCUCCCACUCUCCGAACCAACAGCGUCUGGACUCUCCGCCUCGCAUUACAAGACUCUCACCGAUAUUCAAGCGCGUGCUAUUAGCCAUGGUCUCAAGGGACGCGACAUUCUCGGUGCAGCCAAGACCGGUAGCGGAAAAACCCUCGCUUUCCUUGUUCCCGUCAUCGAAAACCUCUAUCGCAAGAAAUGGACCGAACUCGACGGCCUCGGCGCCCUCAUUUUGUCGCCUACUCGUGAACUCGCGAUCCAGAUUUUCGAGCAAUUAAGGAAAAUUGGAAGAAAUCACCACUUCUCUGCUGGUCUGAUCAUCGGCGGGAAGAGUUUGCGCGAGGAACAAGAGCGCAUGGGUCGUAUGAACAUUCUGGUCUGCACACCCGGCCGUAUGUUGCAACAUUUGGAUCAGACCGCCAUGUUCGAGACCAAUAAUUUGCAGAUGCUGGUACUGGAUGAAGCCGAUAGAAUUUUGGACAUGGGUUUCCAGAAGACAGUAGAUGCUAUCAUCGACCAUCUCCCGAAGCAGCGCCAGACCAUGCUUUUCAGUGCUACGCAAACCAAAAAGGUUGGCGAUUUGGCCAGACUCAGUCUCCAAGACCCCGAGUACGUCUCGGUUCACGAAGCCGCCGAUGCAGCCACCCCAUCUACCCUUCAACAACACUACACCGUCAUUCCAUUGCCGCAGAAGAUCGAUACCCUCUGGAGCUUCAUUCGCGCCAAUCUUAAAGCUAAAACAAUUGUAUUUUUGUCAUCAGGCAAGCAGGUCCGCUAUUGCUACGAAGCGUUACGCCAUUUGCAGCCCGGUAUUUCCCUGCUGCAUUUGCACGGACGUCAGAAACAGGGUGGCCGACUUGAUGUCACUACCAAGUUCUCCCAGGCUCAACAUGCAGUCCUCUUCGCUACUGAUGUGGUUGCGCGUGGGCUGGAUUUCCCCGCUGUAGACUGGGUCAUCCAAUUGGAUUGCCCUGAAGAUGCAGACACUUACAUCCAUCGUGUCGGACGAACAGCCCGCUACGAGCGUGUCGGUCGCGCUGUGCUCUUCCUGGAUCCCAGCGAAGAGAAGGGAUUCCUCAAACAGCUUGAGCACAAGAAAGUGCCCAUUGUGAGGAUCAACAUCAAAUCAAACAAGCAGCACAGUGUCAAAAAUCAGCUGCAAAACAUGUGUUUCAAGGAUCCAGAGCUGAAGUAUCUGGGCCAGAAAGCUUUCAUUUCUUACGUCAAGUCCAUCUACGUACAAAAAGACAAGGAGGUUUUCAAGAUCAAGGAACUUCCCUUGGAAGAAUACGCACAGAGCCUCGGUCUUCCCGGUGCUCCGCGCAUUAAGUUCAUCAAGGGUGAGGAUGCGAAGGAGCGCAAAAACGAGUCGUGGAGAAUGGCACACAUGUCCAGCGAUGACGACUCGGACGCAGAGAAGAAGAAUAAGAAGGACGAGAAGGAGGUGCGCACACGUUACGACCGUAUGUUCGAGCGUCGCAACCAGGGCGUGCUGGCAGAGCACUACUCCAAGCUCAUCAACGACGAUGGUACGAUGGUGGCUACCGGCACCAAGGACACAGGCAAGGAUGUCGACGACGAGGCCGACGAGGAUGCCGAUUUCCUAUCGGUCAAGCGCCGGUUUGCCGCCGGCGACGAAGAACUCGGCCAGAAGGUCGACUCUGCCGGGUCCGGGUCCGACUCCGACUCCGAUUCCGAUGUCGAGCCGGCGGACAAGGACACCACUGGCACCAAGAAGGUGCUUCUGGACGGCCAGGAUCCCCUCCUCAUCGACUCCAAGCGACGCGAGAAGCUUCUCAAAUCCAAGAAAAAGCUCCUCAAGUUCAAGGGCAAGGGUACCAAGCUGGUCUACGACGACGAGGGCAACGCCCACGAGAUGUACGAGAUGGAAGACGAGGAAAUGUUCAAGGCGCGUGGCGAUGCCAAGACCCAGCGCGAGAAGUUCCUCGAGGGCGAGACGGAGCGCACCCGCCAAGCCGAUAUCGAGGACAAGGAAGUCAUGCGCGAGAAGCGUCGCGAGAAGAAGGAGAAGCGCAAGGCUCGCGAGCGUGCCGAGAUUGCCGCCGAGGCGGAAGAGGAGGGCGAUUUCCAGGGUCUUUCGCAUUUACCUCAUGUUCCCUUCGAGAUUCCCGGGUCGGAUUCGGAGUCUGGGGAGCAAGAGUCCCGGCCCAGCAAGAAACAGCGUGUGUCUUUUGCCGACAAGGAAAUCGACGAAGAAAAGCCGAGCAAGAGCAAAAAGACCUCUGGCAAGUCUAUCGAGACUUUGGGAGACUUGGAGGCUUUGGCCAGUGGAUUGCUGGGUUAG